AUGGACGGCUUCGAUCCUCCUCCUGGCCCGGUCCCCGCCGGCGGCAGCCUGCCGAUGCCGGCUUCGGGCUCGACGCUUUCCAACGUCGGCGCGUCGGGCGUGACGGCGGGCAGCGUCGACCUCCUGUUCCUCUACCUCGCCCGCCGCUUCAUCUGGCUGUACAACAAGGACGCUGCCGGUCAGGUCGCAGCAGCGUCCCCAUCCUCCUCCCGUGCAGCGGUUCCGUCGCUGCCGAUCUCGUGGCCCCGGCGCGGCGUGCCGCUGUCGCUGCUCCCGGAGUUCGUGCACAUGGCCGCGCCAGGAGCGGAGAGGGCGGAGUGCGCGGUGUGCCUGGCGGGGUUCGGGGAGCGGGAGGCCGGGCGCCUUCUACCGCGGUGCGGGCACGGGCUCCACGAGGAGUGCAUCGCAACGUGGCUCCAGGUCAACACGACGUGUCCGCUCUGCCGGGCCCCCGUGGCUGCCAAGUAA